AUGCUCAAGAGUCUACGGGAAAAGUUGUGCUGUGGCAAGCCAGAUACAGCUGACGACCAUGAGCAAAUCUCCCACCCUGUGGAGGUUCCCCACAAGGCAUACAGUCAGAUAGAGACCACGCCAACGCCGUCAAAUGUCAAACCCAAGAUUGCCACCGUUGAGAAUCCUGUCAAACGAGAUCUCUGGAAAGAAGCAUUCACAGGCUUGCCCGACGACCGCAAGCGGUACUUGAUGGUGAAGGAGGGAUGUUCUACAGUAGAUGUGAUCAACGAUGUUAUCAAAACCACAGAGCAGAAAUACAAAGAGUGGAAGGAAGGGGGUCUCAAGAUUCGCAGGCGGAAUGGGAACGAUUUCGACGUUCGUGAUUCAGCGGAGAAGAUUCUCCAUUGUGCGUUCCAGGCCAGAGACCUUAUUUCAAAGGCAGUUUCCCUUGAUCCUACCGGACAUGCAUCUGCUGCAUGGUCAAUUGUUUCAGUAGGAUUGACGAUGAUCCAUAAUGACAUUCAACGUCGAGACGCUGUUUUCGCAGCAUCGGAGUACCUCGCUGACACGCUAGCCUAUUAUACCUCGAUUGAUACGCAUCAUCGAGACCAGAACAUCGAUAGCGACCAAAACCUUGAUAAUGCUCUUCUUGGGGUCUAUUCGGCAAUUCUCGACUAUUCAGCUGAGGUGAAUAAGGUGCAGGAGCAGAACGCCGUCGUUCGCGUAGGCAUGAGCAUCAAUGCAAUUGCCGACCAGCCACUUGAACAGCUCAAAGCACAUGUCAAGGAGAAGGGUCAGAGUGUGGACAACUGGGCAUACCUGAGCGAUAGUCGCCAUAAUCGAAAGAAAGCGGAGGAUACUCUCGCCAAUAUCGAUCAAUGCAUUGCUAUCAACAAGCACAUCGAAUCUAAAGUGUUGACUGCGGAGGAGGAACGAAUCCUGGAAUGGAUCUCGACGGCAGACUAUUCCAGAAUCCAAAAAGAAACGAAGGAAUUCAGAAGCCCCAAGACCCAUAACUGGUUUCUUACUUCAAACCAAUAUCAGUACUGGAAAGAUUCACCAGGACACAUCCUAUGGCUUUGUGGAGUAGUGGGAUGUGGAAAGUCCGUCCUCUGUUCUACCGUCAUACAAGACAUUAAAAGCCUCUGCGAGGAAAGCUCAAGCAAGUCCUUUGCAUACUGGUAUUUUCAGUUUAACAAUGAAAAGACACGGAGCGUAGAAAACAUGGUCAGGUCUUUAAUCCGACAGUUCAGCCGGAAGCCACUGGCGCAGUCAGUAACUAGGAUGUGGGAAAGGCAUAGCAACAGGGGAAGCCAGCCCGAUCGCGGGGAAUUACGGGAUACCCUUGAUGAUGUGCUUUCAAAGACUCCUGGUGAAAUGUUUCUCGUGCUGGAUGCAUUGGAUGAGUGUCCCGAGCGGUCGGGCCGCAGUGAGAGAAAGGUACUACUAUCACUCCUGGCAGGUCUUAACGAGAGUCAUAAAAAUAAGCUUCACAUUCUUGCGACGAGCCGGCCAGAGCAAGAUAUUCGUGCAACACUGGAGAGAUUUCCCACCGUUGAUUUGGAAGCCCAGCUCUCAGACGAUGUCGAAACAUUUGUCCGCACUGAGGUUAGCAAUGGUCGUCUACGAGAUUUCGAGGAAAGUAAAAGAGCUCGAGCCCUUGAUCAGUUGUUGCGCACCCGAGACCGGCGUUUCCGCUGGGCUGAUUUACAACUCACUCGACUGGCAGGCUGCCAUACAGACCUGCAGAUAGAGCAUGCGCUACGAACCAUUCCUGAAACACUCGAAGAGACGUACCGGGAGGUACUUGACAAGGUCGAGGAAAAGGAUAUAAACAUAGCACGCGAAAUCCUUCUUUUGCUGUGCCUAGCUCCGGUGCCGCUGAAUAUACGGACAAUCGCAGACGCGGUAUCGUUGCGAUCCCCUGAUCUCAUCGUUAAAAUCUGUACAACUGCCCUUGUCAUUGUAAGCACGGACGGUGCGAUUAGACUGGCACAUUUCUCUGUCAAAGAAUAUCUGGUGGUCUCAGAGAGUUCUGACCAAUACCGGUUCUCGGAAACCAAAGGCCACCACGAGUUGGCCAUAAAGACGAUCAACCUUCUCCUCUCGCAGAAUGAGACGCUGGCAGCUGAGGUCGCUAUGGCGCAGCCCUUCCUCGUCUAUGCAGCAAAACACUGGGGCACUCAUGUUGCCGCUGCAGGGGACGUGCUAGACAUACAAAGGAUGGUCGACCGUCUCUUUACUGAGCCUAAUAUCUACUUCAAUUGGCUGCGUAUAGCUAAAGAUUCGGGAUAUAAUUACAGGGAUAAACUUUGGUACAUGGUGCCUGAAGAGUGCGAGCUACCAAUGCAUCGCGCCUCCAGCAUGGGUUUAGCGUACACUGUGGAAACAUUGCUCGACCAAGGCUCGGAUCCUUUGGAGCCCUCUGAAGGACGUGAAUGGGAUAAUGCAUUGACUGUCGCCGCGAGAAAUGGCCAUUUGGAUAUUGUGGAAUUCCUGUUGGGCAAAGACAUUACAGUCAACAAGCGAUCAGUCAUGGCCAUGAUGUCCGAUAUUGAUCAUAAAAAUCAUGGAAAAGCAAAAUUGGAAGCGAUCGUGAACAGAAUCUGGGACUCAAGCUCGCUCUUUGAUGAAUCCAAGACACCCGACAAGAUUAUUGACGAGAGAAUAAUCAUCAAGGUGAUGGGGAAUUAUCGUUGUGCACUUGAAUUGAUGAGGCUCCUUCUUAAUCGGCGACAUGAGGCCUGUAUUCCUAUGACUGAUGAGGUGCUAUGCGAUGCGAUAGUCCUCCAAGGCAAAAAGAUGAUUGAAUUGCUUUUUGAGAAAUGCAAUGAGGAUAUACACAUCGGCCCUUCCCUCUUUGCUACGUUGAAUGAAAUGUACUCCUAUGACUUUGACAACCGUGGCGGAGUCGAUGUUGUUUUAGUGAACAGGGCGACUGAGCUCGCCGUGGAGGACUGUAGCGUUGCAUGUUGGGCUCAUCAUGCAAGCUCGAAAGCUAUGAGUUUGAUGUUACAGACCCAUCGAGAAAUUCGAGUGAUUGGAGAGACGCUAAUGGCAGCGGCCUCCAACCCGUUCGGGACAGACAUGAUUCGCUUGCUUCUCGAUAAGCGAGAGCCAGAGACGCGGAUUAGCGAGAGAAUACUUCUCGCCGCAGCGAAGAACCAUAAAUUCCCCGAGAUCCUGAGGUUCCUGCUCGAUAAACUUGGUCCAGCUGCUCCAAUGACCCAACGGAUGAUUCUUACUGCAGCCGAAGAGAUUGUGGGUAAAUACGUCGUUAACCGCCUCGGUCAGCGAGACCAAACUUUGAAAGUCCUGAUUGAGGAAAUUAGCCCAGAUACUGUGUUGACCGACAAAGUAAGCGAAGGUGUCGUCAUGAAUGGGUUGGCGAUGGUAAGGCUGGUUAUAGAUAAACAGCAGGCGGGUUUCAUCGUGUCUGAGAAAAUGAUGGAGAUAGCCGCUGCUUCAUGGAAAGACGAUUCGGUAGAAUUGCUGCAACUGCUCAUGACCAACGGCGGCGCAGAGGUUCCAAUAACCGAGGGUAUUCUAUGCGCGGCAGCCAGCAAUAUAUUCUGUGGUGCGUCCGUCAUGGAGUAUUUAUUGCAGGUCCAGGAAGAUUCCUUUCCCAUUACGGAGAAUGUCCUCAUCGCAGCAGCGAAAAGUCCAGAUGCACUUGAAAUAAUCCUGAACAAAUUUCCAGAGGCAAGGAUCACAGAUAGCGUGUUUGUAGCGGCAUGCGAAGAAAGGGACGCAAUGCUGAUGCUUCUUUCGAAACCUCACAAUGGUUUGCCAAUCGAAGCUAUCAUGACUAAGAUUGGAGAAUCCUAUGUUGGAACGCCUGAAGUGUUGGAGUUACUUGUUGAUCGACAUCUGAUGGAUGUUGAUGCAUGGGCGGUGGAAACGGUUGCCUCCAGCUCUCAGCAUCUAGAGUUUCUGCUGAGUAAAAAGCCGGAUGUCCUUAUCACGCAGCAAGCUCUUGUACGGGCAACAGAAGACUGUGGUUCACUGCACCUACUACUAAAAGCAGAAAAGAACCAUGACCUUGUUGCAGAAGAGGUAAUGAUGGCCGCAGCGAAGCACGGCGCAGAGAUAAUAAGAUCCAUCUUGCAUCGUGUGGAAUCUGCGCCACUCACAGCAAAUGUACUUAAAGAGGCUAUGUGUCAUGGGCGCAAAGACACAGUAAGACUUAUUCUCGCUCAAAGUCGAGAUCUGAACCUAAAAGCAAAUUUGGGGGAGAUUUGGCACGAUGUUGAUUUGCCAGGUUGGAAGAAAGGAUCUGCGGUCAUAGUUGUUGGAGAACUUACGGACUUCAAAUUGACGGAGUCUCUUUUGCAGGACUAUUCAUACGACAAGGAACAGAAAGAUGACGACGGCUUUGACAGCUUUGACCAUCUGAUUUCCACGCUUUGCUUUUAUCAUGCACCGAUUCCCGCGACCGAAGGAGUGGGAGUGAUUGUCCUAGAGAGAUGUCACCAUGAAGUUGCUGAGACAUUUCUGCGGCGCUUCCCAGAGAUCCCGAUCACGGACACGAUGCUUCAAGCCGUGGAGCGCAACCCAAGGGUGGAUAAAGAGGCGUUGCGAUCACUGCUCGCUGGCAAGAGGGGCUCGGCGUGA